AAGUACUCCUGGGAUUUCUUUUUGUUGCAAUUCAAGGUGGCGUAACAGUUUAGUUGGCUGAAAUUUGUAUCUGAUUGUGAGAAGCAGGAAUAGGACUGAAGAGAUUUUGCUGCUGCUUUUGAUGGCUUGUAGGAUCCUUCUAGCACAGUUAGUGGCCUGAUUUGCAUUUGUUCUAGGUACGAAACGGUUGCCCUCAGCUUACCCUACAAGCAUCCCUUAGAUACGAGACUUGCUGCUGAAAGGAAAUGCAGUUCUCUUCUAGAGGGUGUGUACCUAUGAGAAACAGGAAGCAGCUCGGCAGCUGCCUGUGUGAAGAGAGUGCUAAUGCUGAUCUGGGCAGGUGUGCAGACACACUGCUCCACGUACUUUCUCCAAGCAUCUUGGCAGCUGUGCUGCCCUUCAGCAGAAACUCUUCUGGGGGGAGAACAGGGUAGAGCGGAAUGACUGCGUUGCAGCUGAAAGAAUUAUCCCAUUCAGGUCUAUACAGGAGAAGACGGGAUCGCCCAGAUAGCCUGGGUCUUCAGGGGUUACCUGAGCAGAAGCUAAGCAAUAUGGCCAAUGCUCUUGCCAAUGCCAUGUGUGAACGCUGCCGAGGAGGCUUUGCACCUGCAGAGAAGAUUGUUAACAGCAACGGGGAACUGUACCAUGAACAGUGCUUUGUAUGUGCCCAGUGCUUCCAGCAAUUCCCUGAGGGACUUUUUUAUGAGUUUGAAGGAAGGAAGUACUGUGAACAUGACUUUCAGAUGCUUUUUGCCCCUUGCUGUCAUCAAUGUGGAGAGUUUAUUAUUGGUCGGGUUAUUAAGGCUAUGAACAACAGCUGGCACCCAGAAUGCUUCUGUUGUGAUCUCUGCCAACAGGUACUGGCAGACAUAGGAUUUGUGAAGAAUGCUGGCAGACAUCUUUGCCGUCCGUGCCAUAAUCGGGAGAAAGCCAGAGGUCUUGGUAAAUAUAUUUGCCAAAAGUGCCAUGCCAUAAUUGAUGAACAGCCGCUCAUCUUCAAGAAUGACCCUUACCAUCCUGAUCAUUUCAACUGUGCCAACUGCGGAAAGGAACUUACUGCAGAAGCUCGAGAACUGAAGGGGGAGUUGUAUUGCUUGCCUUGCCAUGAUAAAAUGGGGGUCCCCAUCUGUGGGGCAUGCAGGAGGCCAAUUGAGGGGCGAGUGGUAAAUGCUAUGGGCAAACAGUGGCAUGUUGAGCAUUUUGUUUGUGCCAAGUGUGAGAAACCAUUCCUGGGACAUCGUCACUACGAAAGGAAGGGACUGGCAUAUUGUGAAACCCAUUAUAAUCAGCUCUUUGGCGAUGUGUGCUUCCACUGUAACCGUGUGAUCGAAGGAGAUGUUGUCUCUGCCUUGAAUAAAGCAUGGUGUGUAAACUGCUUUGCAUGUUCUACUUGUAACACCAAGUUAACACUCAAAAAUAAAUUUGUGGAAUUUGAUAUGAAACCUGUCUGUAAGAAGUGCUAUGAGAAGUUCCCACUGGAGCUCAAGAAGAGACUGAAGAAAUUGGCUGAAACUCUAGGAAGGAAAUGAGAUGAUUUCAUGUAGCUGUGCAAAAUUAAGGAAAUGAGAUUGAUGUUCCAACUUAUUUUCAUUGUGUCUAUGAAAUCUAAGCUUUAAAAAAAACCUCUGCAUGACUAGCUUGAUACAAAAAUAUAUGCCUUACCAUAAAAUCUUUAAUGUCUUAUGUAAUGCUAUAUCUACCCUUUAAAUUAUGUAUUCUAUGCUUUUAUAAAUUUUUAGAUAACUCAGUCAUAAGUGGAAGAUGAAAACAUAGUCUUUAAAUUGCAAUAGAAGUCACUCUAUCAGAUCACUGGUGCUGAUCUCAGCUGAACAUAAUCUAGCACUGCCUCCUCUUACCUAGAAUCCUCCCGAUGUGCUGGGCUUUUAAUUUCCAGAAUUCUCAACCAGCCCAACAGAUUAGAAAAGCAAAUUCUCUUGGCAAAUAGACCAAAUCUCAGCAUCCUGUGCCUGUCAGGGAGUGACUGCUGGAGCAAAACAAACUAGAAAUUUAAGUCAGGAAAUCUACAAACACUUGUAAGUUCCACUGAACUAAGUGAGUCUCAUCAACAGGAUUACAUGGUUAAGUAUUUUCUAAAAAAAUUCAUGGGCUCAUGGCCAUAGUACUUAUCAACACAGGUGGGGACAAUUUUAUAAAAAUCAGACUUGUGUGUUAGAAGACAAGUUAUCUCUUGUGGUGUGGGGUCUUAGAAGCAUUUCCUUCUAAGGAAUGCUGAGAUGCCUUUCCUUUGAUUGUAAACCGUCAACCCUGGCGUUAAAAAUUGUGAGACCAAAGAUUACAGAUUGAAGGUUUUUUGUAGGCACUGAGUUCUUGUUAUUUAACCUCAGCUUGAGAACGGAUGAAACACAAUGGUUUUCCAAUAUUAUAUUGCUGUCAUAAGGAAAAUGGUAAUAAUAUAAGCAAACAUUCUCAAGAUUUAGGAAGAGUUCAUAUUCUAUCGGGACAUCUUGUUGAUUCUGUCUGCUAGCUCAACGGAAAGAAUUUUAAGUUAUUGAGAUCCUCUUUUUUAAAAAGCAGCUAAAUUGGGGGUGAAUUUUAAUGGAACCUUAUUUCAAACUAUCACAAAUGCAGAAGUGGUUUGUUCAGAAAGUUUCUGAUGACUAGUUCGUUGAGAACUGCAGUGAAUGUUUCCAGAUUCUGGCAAGACUGAACCCCAAAGUGUGAGAUGCCAACAUAUUUCUGUGUUAACUAGAAUAGAACUCAAUUACUUGAAUUUUGUGAGGAUUUUUCUUGGAUCCUUUUGUAUUUUAUUUCCUUGUGCCUUAAUUAUGCUGUAUAUUUACAACAUUUAUCAAAAUAUUUACUCUUUGUUAUUUUAUUCAGAAAAUAUAUGCCUUGUAUUCUAGGAAGUGGCAUAUACUAAACACAUUUAAAAUAAUGGAAAGUAUUAUGGAUGCAAAGCACAUUUCAUUUCCCUUCCUUCCCCUCUUCGGCUCAGUUAUUUUUAAAUUUUACAUGAAAUAAAACCUGAACAUAUUUCAAUUAU